UUCAAGGCACAGGGAAGGGGCGGUGGGUGCAGAAGUGUUGCAGAAGAAAAUCAGAAUUCAACUUCUGUGAUGUGUCAUUUAUGAAAGAAUUGUGCCAAUUUUGUGGGUUUCCACUCACAAUAACGGUUAAUCCCAUGGCUGUAAGACUGGACGCAUCAUCUGCUUUUCCUAUUAGUUCCCUUGUUAAUCGAAAUGUUUACCGUCAACCUCAAGGAUUGUUGAUGUUGUGACUUUUGGCGAUAGCUGGUUUCUGUUACUGUGAUAAUUGUUUUGAUGCUAGAUCACUCAAAAUUAAUUAUUAUUUAUUGUAAAUUAAAAUGAGAAAGAAUACUUUCCAUCUACUCCUUCUGUAGUUUAAAAAAAUAACCAUUAUAGUGCCAUUGGUUAUUCGCUAUCUUACAAUAAUGGAAGGUUAUGCAUCAUUUCACAUAACUGUACUCACAAGUUUAAUGCUGAGCACUUUCUUGAUUGGUGUCUUGGGUUCCACAUCCCCACCACUCAUUUCUUCUGAAGAACGAAUGGAGUUACGCGAGGAGGCUCGUGAUAUGUUUUAUCAUGCAUUCAAUGCCUACAUGGAAAAUGCUUACCCAGCUGAUGAGCUCAUGCCAUUAAGUUGCAAAGGCAGAUGGCGUGGGAAAGAACCCUCAAGAGGCGAUAUUGAUGAUACUCUUGGAAACUUUUCUUUGACCCUCAUUGAUACACUGGAUACAUUAGUGGUUCUUGGUGACAUAGCUGAAUUCGAGAGAGCUGUUAAACUCAUAAUCAAAGAUGUCUCAUUUGAUAGUGAUAUUAUUGUUUCAGUUUUUGAAACAAAUAUCAGAGUUCUUGGGGGCCUGCUAUCAGGUCAUAUCCUAGCUGAAUAUCUUCAACUUAACAUGAAUGUAAUGCACUGGUACCGCGGUGAACUUCUUCAAAUGGCCAAAGAUAUUGGUUUUCGCUUAUUACCCGCUUUUAAUACAACAACUGGUAUUCCUCACGCUAGAGUGAAUUUACGUCAUGGUUUGAAAGUAAGAGGGCUAGAAUCAUCUCGUGAAACAUGUACUGCAUGUGCUGGCACAAUGAUACUGGAAAUGGCUGCCUUGUCCCGCCUUAGUGGAGAGCCAAUCUUUGAAGAAAAAGCUCAUAGAGCCAUGGAUGAACUAUGGAGAUUGCGACAUAGAAGUUCCGACUUAAUGGGAACUGUUUUAAAUAUCCAUUCUGGAGAUUGGGUCAGAAGAGAUUCUGGAGUGGGUGCUGGAAUAGAUUCCUACUAUGAGUAUUGCCUUAAAGCUUAUAUUCUCUUAGGGGAUGACCGUUACCUUGGGAGAUUUAAUAAGCAUUAUUCUGCUGUCAUGAGGUAUAUUAGUCAGGGUCCCAUGCUUCUUGAUGUCCAUAUGCACAGACCAAACUCGAAUUCACGCAAUUUUAUGGAUGCCCUUUUAGCAUUUUGGCCAGGCUUGCAGGUUCUGAAAGGUGAUAUCAAGCCUGCUGUCGAGACUCAUGAAAUGCUUUAUCAGGUAAUGCAGCGGCAUAAUUUUCUUCCCGAAGCAUUCACAACUGAUUUUCAGGUUCAUUGGGGCCAACAUCCACUAAGACCAGAAUUCUUAGAGUCAACAUAUUUUCUUUACAAGGCAACUGGUGAUUCCUACUAUUUAGAAGUGGGCCGUAAAGUAUUGAAAAGUUUACAGAGGUAUGCUCGGGUUUCUUGUGGAUAUGCCGCAGUUAAGGAUGUGCGGACAAAUGUACACGAAGACAGGAUGGACUCAUUUGUUCUUGCUGAGACGUUUAAGUAUUUGUUCUUGCUCUUCUCAGAACCAAGUGAUCUUCUCCUAGACCUAGAUCAAUUUUUAUUCACUACUGAAGCUCACCUUCUGCCUCUUACGCUUGCUCGUUCUUCAAAUGCCUCCCUUUUAAAUAUAGCCAAUUCGAUUGACCUGAACGGCUCUGACUUAUCAGGAGAUGAUUUACCUGAUGCAAGAACUUGUCCCAACAUCCAACACCUAUUUCCUGAAAAGGUUCGCCGCCCUCUCCGCAAUCUAGUGGAUGGUGUUUGCCCACGUAAAGAAUUGAAACGUAGACUGAAGGCUGUGGACUUCCAGAUGGGAAACACUGAUCAUAUGAAGCUUUUGAAGGAAAUGGGUAUUAGUAUCAUGGCACUUGAUGAUGGACGGGUACAAUUAGUCCACGCAUUUGGUAAUGCUGCUUCAUCAAUGGAUGCUGAAGAAGGACUAAUAUUUAUGCAAGAAAUGGUGGAGUUGUCAAAGUUUAGCCCUCAAACUGAAACAAUGCAGCAGGCUGUCAGUUUCACUGAUAACCAAGGCAAAUCAACUGUGAUUCCAGCUGGUCCUGCUCAUUUUGGAAAAAUUUUACGCUUACCUACUGACAAAGUAACAGCCAAAGUUGGUGUAGCUUUGCCUGUACGAGGUUGUGAGACACUUAAUUGGCCCCAGAUGCUUAGUGGACGAAUUGUUAUUCUUGAACGAGGAGACUGCAUGUUUGUGGAGAAAGCAAGGCGUAUUCAAAAGGCAGGCGCUGUUGCUGGUAUUGUCAUAGACCAUACCGUUGGAACAUCUGUAACAAAAUCAACUAUGUUUGCGAUGUCAGGCGAUGGAGUAGAUGAUGUAGCAAUUCCCAUGGCUUUUCUAUUUUAUGAUGAUGCUGUGCGAUUGUUGGAAGCAAUCCAAAAACAUCCUGACAUGGACAUCACUUUGAGUAGCUUUGCUGCCCUUGAAGAAGAAAAUAAAGGCCAAUUCAAAGGGAAAGAAGUUACCUUAGAACCUCCAUCUAAACAUUCUGCUUUGGAUAAAAUUAAAGAAUCUAUCAUCAAAUUUAUUAAUAAUCCCAUCCAGUCAAAGUCGAUGGGUAUAGAAAACAAACCUAUUGUCCCUGUUUUGCAACCUCCAAAGUCAUUCUCUGAGGAAAAUGUUCCAUUACCAUCUCCUGUGCCACACAAAUCUAAAAUUCCACAUUUGAAUGAACUCUUGCUGAGCAUUGUCUUGCAGAGUGAUAGUGUAGUUCUUCAAGGAGUACUGAAACAUAAUUCCCCUAUUCCUAGUGAAUUGCUUUCUAAAUUGAAAGAUAAAGUACCUAGGCGAGAUCUACAGCUAUUCAGUACUUUAGCUCAGCAAGGACUUUUUAUCUUGAAUGAAGAUACCAUUCAAUCAUUGGAUCUUGACUAUCUCCUCAAUUUAAAAAGUAAUGAAAAUAGUGAAGGCAAAACAAAACAUCAAGAUUCUUUGCCACAUUUUGGCAGUGCUACACCAGUUCCAUUUCAUUCAGUACCUUCAGAAGGAAGAGAAGGAACAGAAGAUCUGUGUCUGGACUGUAAUUUAAAUGGAGUUGUGGAGAAUGAUCACGUUCUCAAGAUUGAUGUUCCUGUUCUUAGACCUCCAUUAUCAAAAAGUGAACCAAUUGAAGAAAGCAAGCAAAGGACUACUUUAGAUAAUUUGAGAUUCCCUGAUGAAUUGUGAUUGAUUCAGAUUAAUUAGAUUUUCUGUGAACCAAGAAAAGAACACACAUGGUUUCCAACAAAGUUGCUCAAAUACUAUAUAUUUCCAAUAUUUAGUGCAGCUUUGUAUUAUUUUUCUUUUCACCUUUUUGUGUCUUAUGUUUUAACCCUGCUACAAAUAUUUGAGAAAGGAUCCCUUCGCAUCAAAUCAGAUCUUAAGAAUGAAACAUAUUUGGACAUGGUAGGUAGUACUGUUGGAAAGUAUUCUCUCCUUCAUUUAAACAGACUUAAAUCUUUAGCUAUGAAAAUCAAUGGUGCAGGAAUAGCUUAAACUUUGUAGGUGCUAGUAAUAGGGUAUGAAAGAAGUUUUUCCAUAGGCACAAAUAUAUGCCAGAAAGUUUGUGGUUAAAUCCUUAUCUAAUUGCAUCAUGUGCUCCGCGUUUAGCCAGCAAAUUGCUUUGUAUUUUCUCCUAAAACAACAUCGACUGACUUGUGAUACAAAGGAGACAAAACUGCAAUUGUAUUGUGAUUUUUCUGAUUUGUUUCUUUACUCUGGUGUUAUAUUUUUAUUUAUUUCCUUAGGUUUUCUGAUUAAGUGUGUAGCUUCUUCUUUUUUUUUAAAUUUAUAGAAGGAUUUAUGUUCAGUGGGUGUCAGUGUUUCAAAUUUUUUAUACUUUUUUCCUGAGUUGUUUCAGAAUAUUUUUGUUUUUGUUUUGGGUUGGCUAGCUUUUGUAUUUGAUUUUCAAAGAAACUGUUUGGCACACAUAUUGAAACAUUUCAUCAACAUCAGUGAAAUGUUGUUUAUGCUAUAUUUUAGCAAUUCAUUUGAUGUAUAAACAUGUACAUAUCUAUUUUUCCCUCUCUAAGUUCCGGCUGAAAACCGGUACGGCGAUAAAUAGAAGUCGCCGUCCAUCCUUCAAAUACCGAUUAAAUUUUGGUUCAAGUCAUUAUGCACUUGGACCUGACUGAUUUUUUCCCCCUUGUAGAUGCUGCUGUUGCUAGUCCUAUUAUUAAUCCAUCCUACUUUAAGAAGACCUCUUCUUUAAAAUAUUUAUACUUGGAUGUGAUAACUUUUAGGUGUCAUUUCUCACCUUUAAUAGUUUUUGUUUACAAGAAAGGUACCAAAACGUUUCGUAACAUUCACCUGUCCACGAGGUACAAGAUUUUCUUAUAAAAAUCUCACAUGUAUGUGAGUUAUCACCAACCUGCAGCCAGCUUGACUUUUACUGAGCAAUGUGUUGGAAGGUUAAUGGUAAAUAAUUUUGUUUAAAAUCCAUCAGUAUAGCUAUUGAAUUAUGUGAUUUGGUGCAAUUGUGCUUGAGCUUUUGUUUUCAAACAAGUAAAUUUUUACAAUGUCUCAAUCAACUUAGACAUGUCUGCCUCUUCACCAAGGAACAGGAAAACUCAGUGUUGCUGUGCAUUGUUUUGUCAGUUGAAUGUGGUUUUCCAAAACUUACUACUUAGCUAUUUUAAAUACAUUGGUAUUAGUAAGUUAAAGUGCAGUUUCUUUACACAAAGCUGACUGUUGAUAGGUAGUCUAAAGUGUGAUAUUCAUUAAAAAUUAAAAGUGAUAUUUUCAAUAAAUUACAAGUAAAAUUUA